AUGGCGUCUAACCAACACCUGCAGCUACCGUAUCCCCCGCCGCGUGCGAACCAUCUCCGAUUGACGAUCCGCCAUCUCUACACUGACCGAUGGAUCGUGCUCGAGGUGCCCGAGACGAUGAGGAUAGGCGAGGUCAAGCUGCAAGCACUGCAGAGACUCCUCCCCUGUGGGAUCCCGUCCGUUUCCAGAGAAAGUGCCCAGCGUGAGACAUUGCAGGUUGCCGUCGCGACGCAGCGCAAACAGGCGAGCUCAGCGGUCACGUCAGCGUCAACGCAUUCAGCUACAUCGCAUUCACACGCAGCCAAAAAUACUAUCCGUACUCCUACCGUGAGUUCAAGGCUGCAGCUCAUUCCUUCUUUAUCACGCGACCGCCCCUGCGACGAGCUCGGGUCUGACUCGAGACUUUAACCCCGGGCGCUGAGACAGGGGCCACCCGAACACGCCUCCUUUCCGGCCCAGGAGCCGAGCUCACCCUUCGCGCUCGGCGGCGGCUUCUCGGAAGUUUUCCGCACACCGGCUUCCUCGGCCCAAUCAUCCAUGCCAGCAGGAUCACCGAAACAAAGCUUGUUCGACGAAUCCUCAUCCUCGGCCCAUGAAGUGUUCCCGGACUCGACCUCGUCGUUCAGCACGGGCAGCCAGAUAUCGCUCCCCCGUACAGCGGAGGAAGAGGAGUGCAAUCGACCCCAUUCGCCCCCACAGAUGCCAUACGAGACCGAAGCAUUCCAGGGGACUAGUCUCCCUCCUUCGGGACGACGCUCGUCCGUCGCGGUCGCGGCGAUGUUGGCUCGCGGUGAUGGACGAGGCGGCCCGACGGCCAAGCUUUCGGGGGCCGUCAAGGCACUUCCGUCCAAAGUGACGAGAUCGAGGAGUCGUACGGUUCCACAAAAGGAUCAAUCCGACCUGUUUGGGUUUUCGGGCCGAAUGAUCAAGCGGGAAGAAGAGAUAUUUGGGUUUUCGGGUCGAAUGAUCAAGCGGGAAGAGGAGAUGUGGUCCUUUGAGCAACACCGACUCGUCAGCGCGGUCUUGGUGCGUUUGGCCUGCUUCAACUGCUUUUUCCGGGCGCCGGCUCUGAUCCGGGCCCCUUCCUCUCCUUUCUUCCGUAGGGCUGUCACUCGGACGACGCUGCCAUGGUCGGUCGAAAGCUGAAGCAAUAUGACGUGUUGACGGUAUGUUUCGUGCAUGCUACCGAAACGCUCCAAGCAUCUGAUUCUGAUCGGUCUUUCUCAGUUGUUGCCUGGGGGAGUCCAAUUCGACCCACCGCUAAGCCAAUAUCCUCAAGCGUUCCUGUUCAUCGAGAAUGUGCUCGUCUCCAAAAGUCCGGUCGACACGAUCCCAGGACUACGUCUACUCAUGUCCGAGUCGUCGAAAUGGUGAGUCGAACCUUGGUACACAUGCUCGGCUCCGAGGCCGAACUGACACAUUGCGCAACUGGUCGGAGUCGGCCCCCCUACAGGAAAUGGUCAUCACGUUCACUCAUGGUGUGCGAGGGGCAACUGCAGCUGUCUAAGGUAUUUCAUUAAAGUCUUUAAAGAUCUCAGGUACCGCUGUGGUUCUGAAAAAUGCCUCUCUGCCGCUGAUGACAGGGAUCAGUGACUGAAUUCACGGGUUCGCUGCCCGCCCUCGCCGUCAAGUCGCAAGAGAUAGCCCCGCUCGGAUCUCGAAGUACGUUCUUCCCUAUCCUACACCUUUUUCAGCCAUACUUUCUUACUUUAUUUCAUCCCUUUCCUUUACCCAGAAUUCAUCGUCGCCCUUCGGUUCGGUGACGGUCGCUCGUUGAUCCUCUCCCCAACUUCUUAUGCCGAUUACGUCAACCUGAUGCGAGUCACGGGUGAAGAUGGGAACGAGUUCUUGGAGCCGAGCGAUUCGUUGGAGUAUAGGUUCAAUGGUAAGUCUUGUCAAGAAAGAAGCCAACUUUCUCUAAAUUCUGAUGAGUCGGUUGUUUGCAUCCAGCCAUCAACCUCGCUUAUGCAUCCCACCACGGCGGAUUGAACACCAACUCCUCUCCGGCCCGAUCCAUCUCGAUCGGUGGCUCAACUUCGAGCGAAUCGAACCGUUCCCAACGACGUAGUACCAAACCCGAAGCAUUGAACCUCCCUCCUUCCAUCACCCCCCAUUUCUCAACCGACGCAUUUUUUCGCUUCCCAACUUUUGGUCAACCCAGGACCGCCUCGGGAAGUUCACCUAAGGAUCUCAGCGGACCUUGCGAAACGAAUGAUUCGGACCCCAAGGAACGUACGAGAUGUCAAACUCUACCGCUUCCUCGAGGGAAGGAAGAUGAUUUCGAUCGCUUGAGAUCGAUUUUGAGUUCGACGACGAAAUCGCCUUUGACCAGCGGGUUGAUAUCGACGACGCCUAGUCCGCCACUUCGAUCGGAAAGUGAACGCGAAAGGGAAAGGACAUUCAACGAUGCGACGUCAAGUUCGAAAUCAUCAUCCCUCUCCCCGCUUCGCACGGUAGGUGGUGGUGGGGUAGAGUUGGAGCGUUCGUUCAGUACGAGACGACAUCAUCAAUCGAGUUGUUCGAUUGAUUCGGCGGUAGAGAGAUCCGUUAUGACUUCUCACUCUCAUGAGGCCGCGGUGUCGGUGCCUGUGGAUCGACGAACGCCUUUGGCGAAUGAGUGGAUCGCAUUGAAGAAGGAGACGACUCAGGGGAAGGACGCGGUUCGUGGUGGUGAACCCAUUCAACAAGGUUCAACCAUGCUCAAGGCUUCAAAAAGUACCAGCUCAUCCCGAGGAACCGACAGCCAACCUUCCGCUUCUCCCAUCCACGAAAAUCCGGUUUCCUCCUCCUACGAUGACGACGACGACGAUGAUGAUGACCAAGAAGAUGAACAGUUCCUCGCGCAAGCGAUGCGCAAGAAAUCCAUCAUCUUUGACCGUAACGAAGAGAUACGACGCCAACAAAUUUUAUCUUCGAGAUUGGGGAAGAGUCAGACGCUGGUUGCUAGGAGACCGACGACGGCGAGGAGUAAUUUGGGUCCGAUGAUGGGUGGUGUCGGCGGAGGUGUGUUGACGAAGCUCAAUUUCGAGUCGAGACGCCCUUCGUUGCCUCGAUGA